AUGAGUGUGGACGUGGUCAGUAAUAUUAAAUAGAAGUUUCAAUCGUGAUUUGUUAAGGCUGUUAUUAUUCCUGUGAAAAACGGAGAGGUGUUCAUCCAGGAGACUUUCGAUGCCAUUUUGAGACAAACUUCUUUAUCACAAAACAUCACUCUUGAGGUAGUGAAGCGGAGAAAAAAAAAAACAUUUCUUCCUAUUUUAAAUACAUCGAUAAUUUAGAUUUGUGUUUAUGAUGACGGUAGUGAGGACGAAACGUGGAGAAUAUUGAGUACUUUCACAGAGAAAUUAGACGAAAGAAAAAUAGGAUUUAAGCGAGCUCGAGGACUUUCUUCAAAAGGUUUGGGUUCUUUUUACUUUUUUUUCAUUCCCCAGUAUUCUUAAGGUGUGGGUUUUGCGAAAAACAGAGCCGUAGAGUUGUCUUCUGCCAAAUACCUCUGCUUUUGCGAUGUCGAUGACGUUAGUAGUCCUAACAGGAUUCUUGAGCAGUUCAAUGAAGCGGAAAACCUUGCGAAAGACGGCAGACUAGUAUUUUUAGGUAAGAGGAGUAGGAAAAGGUUCGUGUAAUCAUAAAAGUGUAGGAAGCCAGUUUCAUCGUUUACCUCCUGGUUCUACUGCUCGUUAUACAAACUGGGCGAACAAGUUGAAUGACGAAGAAAUAAAAACUCAGGUGCCUAAUUAGUAAGUGAUUGAAAUACCUGGGAUCUGAAGGUUUACACGUCGCACGGUCCAACUCUCGUUGCUCCAACUUGGUUUAUUUCGCGUUCCAUCUUUGAAACGGUCACCAAGUUCAACGAGGAGUUUCCACGCGGUUUCCCCGAAGACUUGGACUUUUUCUUUGCUUGCCUAAGAGACAAAAGAGUGAUUUUCAAAAAGGUUUAUAUGCCCAAAGGCACAGGUGAUAGUGAUGACUUCAGGUUGAGUCUGACUUGGUCAUGUAUCGUUAUCAUCCUGGAUGUGCUACUUUGGGUGUCUCGGAAUCGGCCAUCUGGGAUCUUCGGCUUGGGGAGCUUAGACGUCGAGUUUUGUGCAACUGGGAUCAGUUUACGGUUUGGAGCGCCGGAAAACAAGGGAAAAGAUUUUACAAGUGAGUUUCUCAGGACAGUCCGUAGGCAAAGUGGGAAUUACCCUUGACGGGCAUAUUGAGCGUCCGUUAUGGAUCAAAAGGUUUCCAAUGAUUGUUCCUAAACGGAUGACAACGGUUUUCUUUUUACUGCGUUUUCCGUCUUUCCAUCGGCCUUCAUCAACCCUUUUGGGUCCUUUUUGAGAAACAAACAAUUUUUUUUUAAUUGAGAAUAAUCUUUACCAGCGACUUUGUAUGAAACAAAAAGUACUACAGCGAUAACAUCGGAAAUCAUCAAUGGCCGAUUCUUCUUUCAGCCUACGCCCUUGUUUCAACCUUUUCUAGGCUUUUUAGUCCACCAAGAAAGAAAGGCUCAAUAAAGGCCGCAAAACGAAAUCUUUUCAGCUGCCAUUUUGCAGUCACUUCCUUUUUGCACCCGUUUUCCGCUCUUUCGGUUUUAGCAGUGGUGGAGAAUUUGUUCAUGAAGUUGAGCGUUCAUUUUUGGGUGGUAUGAAAAAAGCACCAGCGAAAAUUCAAACAGCGUUUUUUCCGAUUUUUUCAUAUCGCUAGGGAACUUUCCGACGGCCACCUUUCCGACGAAUCUUUUUCCGACUUUUUUUCUCGAUAAAAUCUUCGUUUUCAAUCUUGCUAUAUAAAGUAGGUAGUUGGUUAAUGAUUAAAACACAAAGAAAUAGGAAAAAAAAGUAAAUAGAUGUCUUAUAAACCGAAAAAUAUAAAGGAAAAAAGUCGGAAAAAGUUUCGUCGGAAAGGUGGCCGUCGGAAAGUUCCCUAGCGAUAUGAAAAAAUCGGAAAAGUCGCCGUUUGAAUUUUCGCUGGUGUUCUUUUCAUACCACCCAUUUUUGUCCAAAUUCACUGACUUAUUUGGAUAAGUUUUCUCCGAUUUUAUGUUUUCAGUGAUUUCUGGGCAGUAUUUUUUUUUUUGAAGCCUUUAUAUUACUUCCUAUCGUUAAACACAACUUUUUUUUUCUUAAUAGGAAAAAUUAGCUGUAACCCGGCACGGAACAAGCCGUGGAUGAAUAAUUGUUAAAAUAAUUUCUUACACAGAUGGCUCUGAAAGUAAAUGGUCGAAUUAACCGUUAAAAAAUCACAGUUUCAUGCGAUAUUAAAUUGAAUUUCCCUCUCGAUCAAGGUCACUGAGCGGCAAUGAAAGAAGCAAGGUUACGGCCUUCUGCGACGUUGACAAUCGCAAAAUACAGCGUGGUUGGCACGAAGAAUUCGACACGGAGACGCGAAAGAUAACAAGUCGCGUUCCUAUCAUUCACGUGAAGUUCUUGAGCGCUCGUCUUCUUUGAAUAUGACUUUUCUUUUUUGAGAGAGGCGCAUCCGCCAUUGGUCGUCUGCGUGAAGCUCGACUUGACGGAUGGCGACUUGGAGAAUUUGGUUUUGGAAUCGGGAUGGAUCGAAGGACGUGAUAUAGUUUUCUUCGGAUGA